AUGCGCCUCCAACGGGCCUCGCACUUUUUCCUUGCCUUCUACCUCGUCUUCCACUCGCCCUGCGUCCAAGCAGAAUCUCAGUGUGCUAUAGACCCCAAUUCAAUCGUGACCGAUGCCUGCACCUCAUACUCGGAUCUCGAGAGGCUAAAUGCCAAUCUCUACCCUUCGUUAGACGACUUGACACAACAUACCGAUUUCUUCGCAUACUACAGAUUGAACCUGUACAACAAAGCCUGUCCCUUCUGGACCGAUGAGAAUUCCAUGUGCGGCAACCGUGCGUGUGCCGUGGAGACAAUAGAAGAUGAAAGUGACAUACCGCCAAUCUGGCGAGCCGCAGAGUUGAGCAAGCUGGAGGGCGCGAGGGCGAAACACCCUGGAAUUGCCCAGCAGCGAGAAAGACCCAAGAAUCGACCGCUCCAGUAUCAACUGGGCGAAAACGUGGAUGAGAGUUGUGUGCUGGAGGAAGACGACGAAUGUGACCAAAGGGACUAUUGCGUACCCGAAGAUGAGGGCGCUGCGGCGAAAGGAGACUAUGUCAGUCUUGUUAACAACACGGAACGAUAUACCGGCUACUCGGGACUGGGUGCCCGACAAGUCUGGGAUGCUAUAUACAAGGAGAACUGCUUCACUCCAAAAUCCUCCCGGCAUGCCUCUCUGAAACCGAAGCCUCUCCAAGCCGCACAGAGCCUGAAGAACAUCUUCCAAGAGUAUGGACGGCAACACGUAGACAACUCGGACGACCUCUAUCCUCUCGACGAUGAAUGUCUGGAGCAACGAGCAUUCUAUCGCAUCGUCAGCGGCAUGCACGCUUCCAUCUCCACACACAUUUGCUGGGAGUUCUUCAAUCAAACUACCGGCGAAUGGGUCCACAACCUCGAGUGCUACAGGGAACGGCUGCACAAGUAUCCAGAGCGCAUUUCCAACCUCUACUUCAACUAUGCCAUCCUGACGCGUGCAGUCGCCAAGUUGAGGAAACAUCUCGAGUCCUACACAUUCUGUUCUGGCGACCCCGACCAGGAUUUCCAAACCAAACAAAAAGUCCUGGCACUCGCGGACCAAGCAGCAUCUGGCCCCCACACCUUCGAUGAAUCCAUCAUGUUUCAAGACCCUUCGGUCAUGGAUCUCAAGGACGACUUCCGCAACAGGUUUCGUAACGUGUCCAGGUUGAUGGAUUGUGUGGGAUGCGAUAAAUGCAGGCUCUGGGGAAAGCUGCAAACAGCUGGGUACGGUGCUGCAUUGAAAGUCCUUUUCGAGUACGAUGAGAAUAAAAAUGGCGAAAACCCUCAUUUAAGGAGAACGGAGUUGGUGGCGUUGGUCAACACACUGGGUCGUCUCAGUCACAGCCUGGAUGCGAUCCAAAAGUUCCGCACCGCUCUCAAGACCGGGGAUUUGAGCGUGCUGGACAUUGACGGCCCGCUACCAGUCUCGACAAAGAGCGACACCGAGAUCGAUCCGGCCGCUACCGAGAGUUCAGAGCAAAUCACGGAGUUCGACGACCUGUACGAUGAUGUAGAUAUCCAAACCUCGCGUCCUCCGCCUCAGGGGAGUGUGCUCGCCGAAGCAUUCUGGACUGAGCUCGAUCUCGUUUGGCGCACCUACAAGAUGGUUCUGCGGUCUUGGGUCGAGCUGCCGUUCAAGUUUGGGGCCAUUUUCCUGAUGGAAAUGAAUCGCUUGUGGAAUUUCUGGUUGGGGCUGCCGGUGCCGGAUCGGUCGUGGGAUUUUCACUUUCCCGGCCGGGAUGAGCUGUAG